CUCACAAUUUGCAAGUCCUCGCAAUUUCCUCUUGUCAAAGUCUACAUUUCCUUCCCCGAGCCAGAAAAAGAGAAAAUUGUCGAUGGCGCCCAAAGCCGAGAAGAAGCCCGCCGAGAAAAAGCCAGCUGAGGAGAAGAAGUCUACGGUGGCUGAGAAAGCCCCAGCUGAGAAGAAGCCCAAGGCCGGCAAGAAGCUCCCGAAGGAAGCCGGAGCUGCCGCCGGAGAUAAGAAGAAGAAGAGAUCGAAGAAGAGCGUAGAGACCUACAAGAUCUACAUCUUCAAGGUGCUGAAGCAGGUCCACCCUGAUAUCGGGAUCUCCAGCAAGGCCAUGGGCAUAAUGAACAGCUUCAUCAAUGAUAUCUUCGAGAAGCUCGCUCAGGAGUCUUCCAGGCUUGCAAGGUACAACAAGAAGCCCACGAUUACUUCUCGGGAGAUCCAGACAGCUGUGAGACUUGUGCUUCCUGGUGAGCUCGCCAAGCACGCUGUUUCUGAGGGGACCAAGGCUGUUACCAAGUUUACUAGCUCUUGAAGAGUUGGAUUUAUGUGUUUUGGGUUUAGGGAUGGGGGUGUGAAGAAAUUAGGGUUAGGGUUUGUGGGUUUUGAUGCUUUUCAUGUAAGUAAGUAUUGAUUGUUCUGUCGUAGUCUAAAUUUCUAAUGGAAGUUCGUUUUUCCCAAUUGCUUAUCUUUAUUUAAAUUUACGAGUAUUCUUCUUUAAUUUGUAUUCAUAAUAUGAAAAUGCGACAUUAAAUUGUGCUGUACUCUGAUGUGAAUGUUUGUAUGUGUGAUAUGGGACUAAUAUUUUUAUUCACUAUGAAUUUUACCCAAA